AUGAACACAGUGCUUCACCUGUUUCUGUACAGCUACCUGGAAAAGAAACGACUGCAGUUCCCCCGCUUUUUCUUUGUGUCCGAUCCUGCUUUACUGGAAAUCCUCGGACAAGCCAGUGACUCUCACACCAUCCAGUUGCAGGCUCAUCUCCUGGGAGUGUUCGACAACGUCAGUGAGGUGGAGUUUCAUGUCAAGGACUACGACAAGAUUUUGGCGGUGAUCUCUCAGGAGGGCGAGAAAGUACCCCUGGACAAACCAGUAAUGGCGCGCGGUCCUGUGGAACUCUGGUUGGGAGAGUUACUGGUGCAACAGCAAGCCUCACUGCACUCAGUCAUAAAAGCAGCUCAGCUGCAGAUUAAUGAGCCCGACUUCCAGCUCCUCACCUUCCUUAACCAGGUCCAAGCUCAGGUACGCAACAGCUCAGAGCGUGCGUAUCAUAACAAUGCGUAUAACAUAUAGCACAGCCUUAAAAAUACAUGCACCGGUGAUGUUCCUCUCCUUCAGGUGGGCCUGCUGGGCAUUCAGAUGCUCUGGAC